UGGAACCCGGAGCCUUCUUGUUCUCUUUCGUUUAACUCUCCAUCUCUGCAAUUUUUGCCAUGUAUGUAUCUGUAUUGUAUUAUCUUUUUUUAGACGGAAAUACCCUUUUGGAGAAACAAAAGCCUGAAUCUUUUUGUGCAUAAAUUUUUUUUAGGGGUUUUUCAGGUCAUGCGAAAGGGAUACUUCUUUGUCUGAGGUGUUCGAAAUGAUUUUAACAAAGCAGUAUCGCUGUAUUCAUUCAUCAAGUUGCCAAUGCACAAAAGGGCAUCUAAGCGAAGAUGUGAUUUUUUUAGUGUUUCAACAGUUGAACUGGAACCCUAAGUUGAUUGCCACUCUGUCAUGUACAUGUAAAUGGUUUGAUGACCUGGCCAAGCGAGUGCUAUGGAAGGAGUUUUGCAAAGCUAGGGCUCCAAAGAUGAUGCUUGAUCUGCAAUCUAGUGGAAGUCACAGUGUCGAUGGAAAUUGGAGAGCACUUGGGAAGUUGCUUAUUUACUGCUCAGGAUGUAGCAAGGGUGGCCUGUUCAAUAGCAUCCAUAUCCCUGGUCAUUUUGUUUAUAGGACUCGUUUUUCUAGGACUUCAGGGAAGAGUUUUCUUUUGCCCCAAUGCAGAACAGAUGUUUUAUAUGUCUCUGACCCUUGUGAACAUCUUGACCAAGGGGAAGAAGGGGAUGUGGGAUUUUUUCGUGGAAUUUUCAAGUCCUUCUCGAUGUCAAAGGUCCGGAAAAUGCUCAUCAAAAGGAGAGCCCAGCUUCAUCCAACAGAGGUGUGCCCUUAUUGCAAGGCAAAAUUGUGGAGCAUGCUACAAGCCAAAAUGAUACCACAAAGUGCCAGCUGUAGGCUGGGUUCAUAUGAAGAUUGCGUUGAGUAUUAUGUGUGCCUCAAUGGACAUGUGCUUGGAAUCUGCACCCUCUUGCCCUUGUCAGAUUCAGAAGAGGCAUCUGAGUAGGAGUGAUGAUUGGCACAGAGACCAGUUCAUAUCAAUUAUCAUUGUAGGAAUGGAUUGUGUCUUCCUGCAAGAUUGACAUUUGGACGAGCCAUGUGAUAGGCUCUCUGGAGAUUUACUUCGCUGAAGCUGAAGUCAACUAUCGCAAUCUCAUCUGAACUCUCGACUGCACUGCUUUGCCAUCUUGCCAUUGGCUAAAUGUUUCAUAUUGAAUGGUUGACCUCCAACCAUCUUGUUUUAAUCAUCUAUUAAAUUACUGUGAGCAUGUAAUACCAUGUAAACAUUAUGUAUGCACCCGUAUCAAUAUAUAUAUAUAUAUAUAUAUAUAUAUAUGGAUGGCAGAUUGAUAUCUGCGAUAAUUCAGGUAUUUGAUUGAAGUAGAAUGAAGUUCUUGCAA